AUGUCUUCUACCACCGAGAAGGAUGGAGAUCAGCUACGCGGUAUCCUACAGACAAAAACCUGGUUCGGGUUCGAUCUAGAUGAUACUCUACAUGAAUUCCGCAAGGCCAGCCGUGCAGCAACCACGAAUGUUCUCACCCGCAUUGCCAACGAAAAUCCAUCAACAACGCUCCAAGACCUUCAAACUCAAUACGGAAUCAUUCUCAAGAAAGGAACCGCUAAUGCAUUCACUGACGGAAAGACCUCACAUGACUACCGUCGCGCUCGCUUCGCUGCUACACUGAGCCAUUUUGGAUUGAGUCACGAUAGUGUCGACGAACUUCUAGAGGACUACGAGCGUGUUCUUGUGGAUAACUUGACACUCAAACCAGGGACCAUUUCUCUUCUUGAAGCAAUCAAGGCGUCCGGAAAAAAGAUUGCUGUUAUCACGGAAGGGCCGCAGGACGCACAGCAGCGAGCAGUAAGAGAUUUAGGCGUUGACAAGUACAUCGACUUUCUAGCGACUACAAACUUCUUCGGUGUGGCCAAGAUCGAUGGACUUUUCGGCAAGGUACUUGAUCAUCUGAAGAUCAGACCGCAAGAUAUCGUGUACAUCGGCGACUCGCAGGAGCGCGAUAUCGAGCCUGCUUCCAAAGAGGGGAUACUCGCCAUUCACUUACACGAAGCUCAAACAGCGCCACUUGUAGUACAACCUCCCAGCAUCAACUCACUCGAGGUACUAGCCAAGCUCAUCUAA